AUGCAGAAGAUGGCAGAGCUGCUGGGGCUCAGGGACGAGUGCGGGGAGGGGACUUCGGGGGCUCCUGUGCUUGCUGGCUCCUGCCUUGCAGACAACAGGCUGAACCUGGAUGUUUAUCCUGACGGCUGCUGCCGGUUCCUCCAGCUGUUCCAGGGGCGACAGAGAGAGGUGGUCCAGGUGGAGUUCCUCCGGCUCAGCAGCAACGAUCACCUCCUUGGCACCACAUUGGGCAUCCUUCCUCAUCUGAAGCACCUGAAAUCCCUGGUGCUCAAAGGUGGCCAUGCCAGGGAUGAGUUUGGUUCAUGUCAGCAUGGCUCCCUGACAAGCUUGCCACCAGACGUUGGGAACUUGAGGUGUCUCACCCACCUGGAUCUCAGCUUCAACAGCCUCUCUACCUUGCCCACCUGCAUCCUCCACCUCCCCAGCCUCCGGGUGCUCCUGGUGAGCCACAACAGCCUGGUGGCACUCCCUGAGGACUUUGGCUGUCUGAGCAAGCUGACUUUCUUCUCUGCUAUGAAAAAUCAGCUGAAGGACUUACCUCGGAGCAUUGGAGAGCUGGCAGAGCUGCAGGACCUAGAUCUCUCGGAAAAUGCUUUGGAAUUCCUCCCUGAAGAAGUUGGGAAUCUGCACAACUGCACAGAACUGGAUCUCUCUGGGAAUUGCUUAUUGAGCAUCCCAGACUCCUUAGCCAAUAUGAAGUCUCUGCGGCGGCUCCACCUCCACAGCAAUCUCCUGGUGACGGUCCCUGCCUCGCUUGCCAGCCUGCCCAACUUGUCCAGACUUGAUCUGCGGAACAAUUGCCUCCGUGCUGUGCCCCCUGAGAUCCAGACUUCGCCAUUUGUGCAUCUCCGAGGCAAUCCCUUAGGAGAAACUGAGCCAUCCCUGCGGGCUGAUGAAUCCAAUGCUGGAGGGCUACAAAGACUCUUCCUUGCAUCAGCAGAGGACAGCUUUACUGUCACCUCUGAAGGCUGCAAAGUGGUCUUGGCCUGUGGCAUCCAUUUCUACUUUCCACCGGGGGCUGCCUCUGACCCUCUGCGGAUCUACUUCCGAACCCUCGCACCGGACCCUCAGUGGGUAAAGCUGAGACAUCAUGAUGUCCUGCUAAGUAGAGUCCUGGAGCUGCAGCCUCACGGGGUCAAAUUCCAGCAGGAGGUGCAAAUCUGGAUGCCAUAUGCCUCUCCUCAAACCCUUCACCAGCGUGAGGUGGUAGUUCGGACCUUCAGUGGGCAGAGCUGGAGUGAUCUGAGAACAAGAGUGGAGCAGAAGAGAAAAUCAAAGAAGCACAUGGCUCACUGUCGUGUCCUUCAUUUCUCUUGGUUCCUCGUUGUGUCUCGACUUGUGCAAAAUGAAUGCAAAGUGCCAACAGAGGGGACAUUGCUCUUUUCCAGUGUGGAUCCAAACAUCAAAGUGACCUUUCCUCCUGGAGUCACUGAAGAGACUCGCAAUGUCAAGCUGCAGGUGCUGCCGGUCUCUGCAGAAGAGAUAGAAGAAAUCACAGCUGAUGCAGCAUGCAGAGCCAGUCCCCUACUCUGCCUCUCCCAGGACUCCCUGGUGGAUUUUCUCAGGCCAGUGAGAAUUCAGCUGCCCCUCCCGCCUGGGGUCACAGGGAUAAAUUUGGAUCGGUCAAGGCUGCAUCUUCUCCAUGGCGACCUGGAGGGUCAAACCUGGGAUGACAUUACCAGUCAGGUGGUGCUGGAAUUCACCCAUCUUUAUGCAGUGUUUGAAGUCACACACUUCUCCUGGUACUGGCUGUGGUACACCACUAAGACCUACAUUGGAGGCAUUGCCAAGAAAGUCUAUGAGCGGCUGCGUAUGUACCAGGUGAACUUCAUUGCUCUACAGAGGAGGAAGGACCCCGAGCAAGUCCUGCUACAGUGUGUCCCCAAGAACAAGGUUGACCCAGUGCUGAAGAAGCUGCAGGACCGCUAUCGAGGACCUGAGCCAUCCGACAUGGUGGAGAUGUUUGAGGGAGAGCAAUUUUUUGCAGCUUUUGAGCGAGGCAUCAGCAUCGAUAUGGAUCGCCCUGACUGUGUGGAUGGACGUCUCUCGUUUAUUUUUUACUCCCACUUGAAGAACAUGAAGGAAAUCUAUGUGACCUCCCCUGUAGACAGGAAAGGCCAAGCUGUAAAAGGCCAGGUCUCUUUCUACCGAGGAGCAGUUCCCGAGAGUAUCCCUGAAGAUGCCAGCAGGAGGAGGAAAGGACCAGACUCCCUCUGGCUCGCUACUCUGCCCAUCAAACUGCCUCGAUUGAAACCCCGCUGGGGUGAGAACCCCGGUACCCUGAAUGGCUUCUCCUUUCCUCCCUUGAACCUGGGCAACGCCGAGACUGGCUACCUGACACAGGCAAACCUGCUAAGCAUUGCCAGGCGUGUGGGAGCUGACUGGCAGACCAUCGGCCUGAACCUGGGCUUGACCUAUCAGCAGAUUGAGCGCAUAGGAUACAAUAACAGAGAGGACCUUGAUAAGCAGAUCUUGGACAUGCUUUUCUCAUGGGCUCAGCAAAACUCGGAGGACCCUGACUGUGUGAGCAAGUUGAUUUCUGCCAUGAAAGAGAGUGGCCGCCAGGACAUUGCUGAUGAGGUCGAAACCAUCAUUGAGCUGGGACGGCAGAAAUACAGGGAGUCCAUCCGCCGGGUGGGCUUGGAGCAGGAGAGCAGCACUGAGGACUCUGCAAUAGCUAUGAUGUAG